AUGAUGAAUCUUAUAUCGUUUGAGACGCCUCCUCCUCUUGGUAGGCAAGAGAGCACCGCUGCCACUGCAGCCACCGGCAUGAAGGUGGCGAAGGAAGCGAGCUCUAGUGGCGCAUGCUUCCACGGUAGCAAUCUAGACCUCAGCCUCGGCAUCUCCUUGUCUCCCGGAGGUAACUGCAGCGCCGCCAGCUGCGGUGGCACCGCCAUGGCACGCUACAACGGUCCUCAAGGUGGCGGCGAUGUCGAUCGAGUGCAGAGCAGUGACAUGGUCAUCGCUGGUACCGCCACUGCGAACACGCUUAGCGCAGGGCGUGCUGGUAAUUGCCAUGGCAUUGUGCCUAGCAGCAGCUGGGCGGCGGUGUUCAUGCCGAGCCCGACCGGCUUCAUGCACCCCUGGAGCCUCGCCGCCCGGCAGCAGAAGGCGGCCGCGGAGCAGGACCGGAGCAUUGCGCAGGCGUCGGUGGCAACAACAUAUGGGACAAGCAGCGAUGCUAGUGUGGUCUCAGUGCCUUCGGCAGCUGUGGGCUGGCCGCCGGUGCACACCACCCGGCGCCACCUCGUCACCGCCACGCACGUGCUAAAACCCGACGCCGGCGUGAAGCAGGCCGACGGCCCAAAGAACACGAAGAUACCCGCCGCGGUCUCGCCAGCCGAUGAUGAUAAGGAGGUGGCUGGGGCGCCGAGGAGCUGUACGGUCACCGCAGAACCGCAGCGGCUGCAGGCAAACAUGUUCGCCAAGGUGCACAUGGAUGGCUGCCUGAUCGUUAGGAAGAUCAACCUGAGAGCUCACCGCAGCUACGACUCCCUCUCGCGGGCGCUCACCAAGAUGACAAGAAACUUCUUCUGCCCUGCAGAUUAUCAGAGUUUGGAUUCUGCAGAAGGUGAUUAUGCAAAUAGUGACGACUUCAUAUUUCUAUAUGAAGACUUUGAAGGCGACCGGAUGCUUGUUGGGGAUGUCCCAUGGGAGUUGUUUCUUGCGACGGCUAAAAAAUUAUGCAUUGCUCGUCAUCCAACAUCAAGCGAUACCAAAGGUCAUGACGAAGCAGCAAAAUUAGACGCAAGUGUGAAGCUAGCUACGAAUAACUGA